CCCUACUUUCAGUUCAGUGCGCUACUGUUCUUGAGAUGAUCAAUCGAAUUCUACCAGCAAUUUGUUGUGAAGAAAUGUGAUUUAUGAAAACAGCUUAAAAAGAAACUACCUCUAGCGAUCAACCAAUCGCGUCGGAAGUCAAAAUGAGUAAAAAAGCACACGGAGCUACAGCUUCAAUUGAAUGCUCCUCUUUGGACUUGGUUGAAGCUGCUAAAGCAAAACAAAAUGCUAUAAGAGAACGCCUAGCUGCAAGACGUGAAUUUUUGGCAUCAAUUACCAACCAAACAAAGGAUAUAAAUCCAGCUUCCUUUCUGUUAACGAAUAACAAUUGGGUUGGUUUAUUUAACAAGACAUUUGGUGUUAACUCAACUGCAGCUUCACUUAUUGAAUAUGCAUUUAAAAAGAUACGUUUAGAUAGUAAUUCGACAGAUGUGCAUGAAACACUUCCAAAUAAUAUCCAAUGCAAUGUGCCUUCCGUAUCUGAAACAUCCAAUUUACGAACUGAUAGCAGUUCUAACGAAAAGUGUCCACGGGAUAAAUCAAGUUUAAAAUUCUCUACCGCCAGCUUACAACAACCAAAUAUAACUACCAGUUUAACUGAUUCAUCGAAAUCUGCUGCAACCCAGGGUUCAGUGACUAUACAAUCAAGUGAACAGUUCAAAGAUCAUAGCCAACGGAAAUCAGAUGUAUGCUCAGAGAAGAAAACUGUAGAUCUUAUAAACAAAGUGGACCCAUCGAAGGUCACCAUUCCCAAACAUUUGCGAAAUGAUACAACACAAGACACAAGAAAUAAACUAGCGGAAAAUAAACUUAAAGAAGACGGACAAAGGAUAGAGCUUGAACUGGAAAAUCUAUUGGGAGCUGAAACUACUCGUGAAAAAGAAAGCAAACGCAUCCGAGAAGAGGUUAUGGAAUUGUUGAAUAGACAGACUACUAAGGAAAGAUUCCUCACAGAGCGUUUCCGAACUCAGGGAGGUAGUCAAGUACAACAGUUUUGUUCACACGGUACGCGUAUUGAAUGUUCUAAGGUUAAAGCACGUACUGGUGAUAAAGAAAAGUGUACAAAACUACAUUUCCGUAAAAUUAUCCAUCCACAUACUGACGAAUCUCUUGGAGACUGUUCAUUUCUCAAUACAUGUUUUCACGUAGACACUUGCAAGUACGUCCAUUACACAAUCGAUUAUACGGGCAGUAUUCACGCAUCACGUUCAGCAAAUGAGAAUUCAUUAAAUACUGGUCGAAAUAACAACCGUGUGAUGAAUGGGAACUAUGAGACGGGAAAAUCACAAACUAGUAGUGCAAGUUCAGUAGAUCCAACUGGUGCUACAAAGGAGAAUGGUGCCCCGUUAAUCUUAUAUCCACCACAGUGGAUUAAUUGUGACAUUCGAUUAAUAAAUAUGUCAAUUCUUGGGAAAUUCUCUGUUAUUAUGGCUGAUCCACCGUGGGAUAUACACAUGGAGCUACCAUAUGGAACAAUGUCAGAUGAUGAAAUGAGGCGUUUGGAUAUACCAUGUCUACAAGAUGAUGGUUACAUAUUCUUGUGGGUCACAGGCAGAGCUAUGGAACUUGGCCGAGAAUGUCUACGUUUAUGGGGUUAUGAACGUAUUGAUGAGAUUAUUUGGGUUAAGACUAAUCAGUUGCAACGUUUAAUCAGAACAGGUCGUACAGGGCAUUGGUUGAAUCAUGGCAAGGAACACUGUCUAGUUGGUGUUAAAGGUAAUCCAAAAGGUGUGAAUAAAGGCCUGGAUUGCGAUAUUAUUGUUUCUGAAGUUCGUGAAACAAGCCACAAACCUGAUGAAAUCUACGGUAUUAUUGAAAGAUUAUCUCCUGGUACCCGUAAAUUGGAACUAUUCGGACGUCCUCAUAACUUGCAGCCUAACUGGAUCACACUCGGGAAUCAACUGGAUGGAACGUAUUUAGUAGAUCCAGCAGUUGUUGAGCGAUUCAAAAAACAAUAUCCAAACGGUUUAGAUGAAAAAGCAAAAUGAAGCAAUAAUAUACUAUAUAUAUUUUUUUUCUAGAAAAAGAUAAUAUCAGAAUAAUACGUAUUCUGAAGAAAAAAAUGUAUAUGUAUAUAUAUGUACAUUUUAUGUAUAAGACUAAUGUAUAUAACAAUAUUAAUAUUUCUAUGAGUGAGAGAGAGAAAUUUUUUGUGUGUAUAUAUGUUGUUACCUCCUCUUUAUGUCUUCCACUUGACUAUUCCUUGCACCUUAUCUUAACUCAUAAGGAAUCUAAUUCUUUACUUGUGAUAGGUCUGUUUAAACCUUGCUGUAUCCAUGGCAUAUUUAAUAAAUCUUUUGUAGAUGGACGUUGUUUUGGAUUGUAGUGUGUGCAAGCAUUAUAAAUUUCUUCCAAUUGAGCACUUGGUGGAUGACGAUUAUUAUUCUUAUAUGUAUAAUAAAACAAAAAACAAACAAGCAUAAACAGCAGGUAAUAAUAAUAAUGCUGCGGCAAUAAUAGAAGGAUAAUGAAAUAUUAAAAUAAUUGCGUAAAUUAUAGCGGGGGAAAAAAAAUGAAGACUGCUUCUCGACAACAUAAUUGUGGUCAUCUGUCUUAUGACUAUGAUUUCAGGCUAUCAUUUCCAUCUUACCGCCUUCACUAAUUUAUCUCAUACUUUCAAAAUCUAAAAUAGCAACUUGAAUUGAUGACGUGCAACAGGAUCUGGUCUUAAAUUUAUGUCUACCUUGGCAUGUAGAUUGCGUCUAAGCGUUCACAUCAGUUCGUGCUGCUGAUUAUUUUGUGAAAAAGUGAAUUGUGUGCAUUUGUACACAUUAAGAUUUAGCUAAAAUGAGUGACUAGGAUAAUUAAGGCACUUGUUAGCAUGUGAGAAUCCGAGUUAGUUCUAUCACACUAAAGUAAACCUUUCAUGAUUCUCUUGUAAUAGCUUUAGUACCAAUCAGCUUCCCAACCGACAGCUGUUACCUUGACAUUGUGGUUGGGUCUGCAUGUCUCAAUGAUUCAACGAACAACACUGGCUGAGACGAAUGCGCGUGUUGUUCCCCUCUGGGAAAGGGGGCUGAAAAAUGUUUUACCCUGUGGUGGCCCGUAACUAGCGGUGACAUUCCGACACAAAUACAGCUCCAAAAGCUGCUUCAAACAGACUCUGUUUGACCAGCGUCAAACAGUUGUGUCCUUCGGUUCGAUGGACACCGGACAAAAAUUUCCUUCUUGUUUCUGCCUUUUCGAGGGGAAAUCAACUUUUGCAAUGCAAUCAACCAAGAAGUAAUAACCACCCAUACACUACAGAUAUUACCUUUGGAUGACGGGGAACGAAAUGUUUGAGCGUUCUGACUCCACAUAUUUGGGAAGAUAAAUCAGCCCUGUCGGACCGACUGCUGACGAAAUUUCAGCUACGAUUCAUGAGACUCUUACGGUAUUCGCCAACUUAUGUUAUCAUUGACGUAGACGUGUCCGGCUAUCUAACAAAGUAGUUGCGUAUUGCUUACCAUUUACCUCCGUCGUUUUUUACAGCUGAGACAUGGUCCCCGAAAGUGAAGACAUGAAGAGGCUAUCCGUCUUUGACCAUAAGUACUCGUGUUUGGUGGUAUAAUAUGGUGAGUAAUAUUGGAAUUGAGCGAUUAGUUGGGUUUGGAGGGGAAGUGUAUCGAUGAGGUUGUGAAGCUGCAUCGACUUUUAUGAUAAUAACAUUUGUUAGGCAUGUUGAACCACUGGCUUCCCCAACGAGCAAUGUUAACUUACAUAGGAUUGAAUUGGAGAAGCGUUAGGGGUGAUCAGGCGAAAACGUGGCAUCAAUCCAUAGAGAACUAGACUGUUAGUGAGAGUCACGUAGGACGCUGUAAACUGACUGGCUGGGGUCCUCGGGAUACUAAGAAUCAACUAGUGAAUGUCCGAAGGUAUUCACGGUGUGAUCUCCCGAGACUAUUAGAAUCUCCAUGUAACCGUUAAUUCCCCUUUUAGUGCAUUUUGCUUGCAACUGUUUUUCCUAUUUCGUUGUGUGACUUUUAUGAAUUGUGGAAACUUGAACUGUUGUGCAAAGUUCUACACUGAGAAUUCAAUUCAGAUAUUAGCUUGAUUAAUAGUGUCUGAGACCCGAAACUCCUCUAUCCUAUGUAAAUCAAAAAGGCUGCGUAACAUCUUGAUGAAAGUUGUAGCUAGCCAAGAAAGAUAUCCGUACUUUUCUCGGUCUCUAAAACUUUUGUGUGUUUUUAAAUUUAUGAUGAGUUGACGAUUACGCUUCACAUGUUAUAAACUUCAAAUCAACUGUUCAUGAUGGAGCAUUUCUUAAUUGACUUUCUGGAAUGCAGUAAUACCUAGUUAGCCCCUAAGGCCAUUUAUGUGCACUAGGCAGUAAUUCAAAACUACAUUAUGUGGGCUGGCUAUAUGUAUAUUAUCAUACAGAGUGAAAAUCUAAAAAAUGGUUGACUGACUGAAAGUCGGGAGACCGUCAAAUUCUUAGGUGAAUAAGCCGCAUCUCCACAAAAUAUAUA